AUGCCCGAAACCGUGCGCCCGGCCUUUGAUGGCCAUAGCCGUCCUCAGCUGUCAUAUGGGAUUGAUUUCCCCACCGCAGCCACUCGAUAUGUCACCAACACCAAGGCCUCACGCGUAUACGUAAUCUGCUCGGGUUCUCUUGCGCGCAACACUGAUUCUUUGACGAGACUGACAGCUGCCCUGGGCCCUGAAAGGGUAGCCGGUCAGCGCAUCGGCAUGAAAACACACACUCAGUGGUCUGAAGUCCUGGAAAUCGUGGCCGAUGCACGCAAAGUGAAGGCAGACAUGCUUCUGACGCUGGGUGCGGGGAGCUUGACUGAUGGAGCUAAAAUCGUUGCUUUUGCCCUCGCCAAUGAUGUCAGUACGGCCGAGGACCUUGAAACGCUCGCGGAGGGUUCCAAGAAGCGUGCCGAUGUCGUCGCGUCUACUAUUCCCAUUGUCUCCGUCCCUACAUCACUGUCCGCUGGCGAGUAUUCUGACUUUGCUGGUGGCACCGAGGACCAGUCUCAUCGCAAGUACAUGUUCUACCCUCCACUCCGCGGUCCUGAGUUCGUUAUUCUUGACCCGGAACUGGUGGAGACAACGCCUGAUUCUAUCUGGUUGAGUACUGGAGUGCGUGCCGUUGAUCACUGCGUCGAAACUCUUUGUGCCGUCGGCAUCACUACCCCAGAAUCAGAUGAGCUGGCACGGAAUGCGCUCAGUCGCUUGGUACCGGGUCUCGUGCGGUGCAAAAAGAACCGCGCAGAUCGCGAUGCUUUUCUGCAGUGCCAGCUCGGAUCAGUUGAUGCCAUGGCUGCUUGUACGAUCAUAUCCUUUAAGCUUGGAGCAAGCCACGGUAUUGGACACCAACUCGGGCCUCUCGGUGUUGGCCACGGAGAAACCAGCUGCAUCUGUCUUCCAGCCGUAUGCAAGUUCAAUGCCGCACACAACGCCAACACCGACCGCCAGGCCAGCUUGCGCGACUUUUUGAUUAAAGAUCCAGUAGUCGCUGGAGUGUUGCGCGAGCGCUUGGAUGAUAUUUCAGCCGCCGAUUUAGGGGAUGUCUUAGAUGCAGUGAUCCGCGAGCUUGGAAUGCCCCGGUCACUCGCUGAUGUUGGCAUCGGUCGCGACAAGCUGGACAUGCUAGCGGAGAAUGCUUUGCACGACCCGCUGUGUCAGUCAAACCCGGUCCCAUUGACGGAGAAAUCGCAGGUACUACAGAUUCUCGAGAUGGUAGUGGGAUAG